GAGCACCAGAUCAACUACUUCCACGCAACUUUGUUCGGUGGCCACAUGACCUGUCCGGGCGGGUUUCACCAUUCAAUUUCGGUGACAGAACAGGUAGUUCUUCAUAAGUAUCGACCAGGUUACGAUUCUCAGCCCUUCACGGGCCUCGUCUAUGGACUGAGACUCGCCGCGAUGAUUCAGGACCGACCAUUGACAACUUCUGGGAAUUCUUCGUCAACCGUCACAAUAAAAGCUGUUCGAGUCGAGGAUAUACCAGCACAUAGAGCUGCAAAACUGUUAUUGAGGAUCAAGUACGGUGGAAUCAAGCAUAAGAUAACCAGCUGGAACACAUCUCAAGGUCUCUGGGAUGCCGCUAUUCAAAUACGGUGCGAUAUCCUUUUUUCUUCCAAAUUCCAGUUUCCCACCUCGAGUACAUGAAUAGAGAACCGGAAGCAAGCUCAGAGCUCAUCCACGUUGAACUCCUUCAACGAAAAUCACAGAAUCUGUUUCGAAGUAACAUUGGAAGUGGGAAAUUCAAAGCUGAUCAACUAUGGAGGGUAGCACGGGAUGGAACGCAAGAGUUCAGAACGACAAUUACGGCUAGCGACCAUUACUUGAACUUGAAAAUCAGAAUAAUGUUCGCGGUCACUCUCAAUUGUGGACCCGGAGACUGUUCAAAUUCACAUAACAACGCACAACCAAUACGACAAUUGACCGAAUCACAUGACAGUCUCUCUGGCAUACGAAGUUUUACCAAGCUAUGUCUAUCCCUGACACGUUCACGUCCAAACGCGGUCGCCGAGGAUACAGUGAUUGUCCCUAGCUUACCUCCGAAGGGUCCCUCAGAAGUUCUAGGAGCGACAUUGUCUAGCGUACGGCCAAUCACGGACAUGCUGGAACGUUUGGCACAGGUGCACCCCAUCGCCGAUGUGACUUGGUUUGUCGUUUCAAGCGCGUACCGCGCAAUCACAGCCCAGUAUGAUAGAGAUAUGGAAAUUGUUCAGUUGUAUAACACAACUUGCAAAGUCUAUGAGGCCGCGACGAUGGAAGAUGUGUUGAAACGGAGCACUGAAUUUUCCGCGUUAUUCGAUACGAUGGUCAAUCAAUCGAUAGAGUGCUGUCUGUUCAUCACAAAUUACAGUUCUGGAGGUUAUCUCAGACGUCUGAUUGGCAACAUCAGUGCCUCGGAGAAGAUCCAAAAGUUGAACAUGGCAUUGAACGAGUUGGAGGCGCGCUUCAAUGAUGCACAACUUCGAGUUGUUACUACCACGGUGUUGGCUCUACGCCCUCAGCUGGAGGUUCUAGGAAGGAACACACACCUACAACAACUCCGUAUCCCACAACUGAGUCCACGAGGGCCUUGUCUUUUAGGCACUCGUCGCGAAACGUUGCUCAAGAUCAUGGAUUGGAUUGUCACAGGCGAGGAAUCUGCCAUGUGGCUUUCUGGUGUCGCUGGUUGCGGGAAAAGCUCAGUCAUGGCGUCCCUCAAUGACCUUCUAAUCAGCAUGGGCUAUACUAGUCGAUUGGCCGCGUUCAUCCGCUUCGACCGUUUCAACCUGAGUGACCCCUCGGUCUUUGUGAGGACGCUCGCGUAUCAGCUGGGGUUAUUCGAUCAACGGCUUGGAGAGCUGAUUGCGAAAGCCGUGGAGACUGCACCCCAAAUCAUUAGCCACACACAACUCUUGGAACAGCUACGUGUACUCGUCCUGGGACCGCUACAGACAUGUAUAGCUAUGCAGGAUGAGGGCCCCAUUGCUAUACUCAUCGAUGGCUUUGAUGAAUGCAUGCAGGAACCUGGUGGCAGCGACAGUUUCCGUCAAUUACUCGCACUUUUCUCUGACCCUCGAACCUUUGAGGCUUUCCCCUUUGUACGAUUCAUUAUUGCAAGCCGUCCUGAGGACCGUAUUCGACAAGCAUUCCGCCAUCAGAACAUACAACACUUUCCCCUCGAUGUCUCAUCUAGAGAAACUAAAGCCGAUAUUUCUCACUACUUCAACGUGAAAUUUGCCGAAAUCUCUUCCCAACACCCACCUUUUGCGAAGCUCUGCAAGGAGUUAAAUGUCGUUGAACAACUUACUGAGCGAGCUAGUGGGUUAUUCAUAUGGGCAGCGACGAUCUUCAGAUUCCUGGACGGAUAUCCGACAAAGCAACGUGUCAAUACUGUGCUAUCCAUUUCCCCGCCUACGGAUGCACUUAUCGCACUCACUGACCUGUACCAGACAAUCCUCGACAGCAUUGCGAAAGAGGGAGGCGGAAUUCAGAACCUCAUCGUCGCAGUUUUCGGCUUUAUCAUAGCUGCCGGCAACUUGAAGCGAAGACCUCUUUACAUAGAAAGGGAACCCCCUUUUACGCCCUCUAUCCUUUGCCAUUGUAUAAGGCAUUCGGGCUACGACAUGGAUGACAGCGACAUUUUGCCAAUACUUUCGAAGCUUGGCAGUGUCUUGCGGGGUGAUUUGGAAACCGAUACGCCGCUGUCUCUUCUCCACAAGUCUUUUGAUGACUUUCUGAGUGACCCGGAACGCUCCGGAGAUUGGUUCGUCGACGUAGAAAAGCAUUGGUCUCGACAACUGGGGUUUUCCUGUCUCUCUAUCACCCACUCCCACGUCCUUACCGACACUCCUUUGUAUUCGGAGGCGUUUCGUUAUGCCAGUAUGAACUGGGCCUCGUUGAGCGUAACGGCUGGUUGGUCAAGCAUCGUUGAAAUUCCUUCUUUCCAUGAUCUCGUUCGUGAGAUGAUUCAAAGGCAUUUGCUACGUUGGAUAUAUGUCCUUCACCUAGUCAACGUCGAAGAGCGCGAUAUUCGCCUUAUUCAUUUAAUCACAUUUAAGUCGCUUCGGCAGUUGUUCGAAGCGGUGGGUCAUGAACAACACGAAGUUGACUACCAAGAAAUAGCGAUAUUAACAAAACAAACCUUUUCGUUCCGGAAUCAUAUUAAGGACCUUGGCGUUGGUCUGAUCACACUCAACCGUGUACUCAAAGUAUUCUUUCUCUUCCUGUGUAAAGCUGGACCAUCGACCCCAAUUUACAAAUACUACGCACGGCAGUUUGUGCAGAUCGUAAAAGGGUCUGCCGACUUUUCCGAUAUCCUGAAAGCCAUUGGAAGUGAGCAUGCUUUGCGAUCUUUCGAAGAAAGAGAGGGUUCGACUGAUAUUUUUAUCUCUGGCAUCCCAGAAAAUAUUGAGGAAUUAUUGGAGAACGCCCUGAAUAGUUCUUUCGCGACUUGAUAUCUCAUUUUGUCUCAAUACGGUAGUGGAUAUGGACGAAUCAUGUAUCAAAUUUUUUCCCAUCUUACUUUAUGCAGUUCUCAUCAGUGUACACCGGGGCAACUCUCUGGAUAUUAGCAUACCUGUGUCGUCUGCACGUCAGUUCAUGCAGAGAGCAAAAUGUCCCCAAAUUUCGGAGAUUCUGACACCCCCGUUAUCAUUAAAAUGCCUGG